AUGAGUCGCCAACUAAAGGGCCUGGGGGAAGCAGAAGGUGGAAGAAGAGGGAGGAUGAAGAACGGAUCUCCAGGCACAGGUGACAGGUCUGGGAGGAGACCCUCCAGGAAGCAGGCCCCCAAAGCCAAGGGUGUGGCGGGCAGGUGCAGAGACCCACCUGGCCAGAAGGAGCAGGCCAGUGGCAGCCCAAGGGCGGGCUCCCCCAGGAGGAAGCAGGCAGAGCACAGAAGACGAGAGGAGCUGGGGGAAUGGAAGCGGAGCACUUCAGAGAGGACUCUUGAGGGGAGGAGGAAGAGGGAUGGGAGGACUUCUUUCAAGGAGCAGAAAGCACCCCUGAAGAAGGAAAAGGAGAUGCAGAGGAAGGAAGAGAUACGGAAGCAGCGGAAGAAACACAGAUCACCUUCUGUAGCCUCCGGUACCUCUGGCAGGGCAUCUCUGUCGGAGGAGGAGCUGGCCCGGAUCUUGGAGCAGGUAGAAGACAAGAAGAAGCUCAUUGCUACCAUGCGCAACAAGCCCUGGCCCAUGACAAAGAAGCUCACGGAGCUCAGGGAGGCCCAAGAAUUUGUGGAGAAGUAUGAAGGAGCCUUGGGAAAGGGGAAAGGCAAGCGACUCUACGCCUAUAAGAUGCUGAUGGCUAAGAAAUGGGUCAAGUUUAAGAGAGACUUUGAUAAUUUCAAGACUCAAUGUAUUCCCUGGGAAAUGAAGAUCAAGGACAUUGAAAGUCACUUUGGUUCUUCAGUGGCAUCAUAUUUCAUCUUUCUCCGAUGGAUGUAUGGUGUUAACCUCGUCCUUUUUGGCUUAAUAUUUGGUCUAGUCAUAAUACCAGAGGUACUGAUGGGCAUGCCCUAUGGAAGUAUACCCAGAAAGACAGUGCCUCGGGCUGAGGAAGAAAAAGCUAUGGAUUUUUCUGUCCUUUGGGAUUUUGAGGGCUAUAUUAAAUAUUCUGCUCUCUUCUACGGCUACUACAAUGACCAGAGGACCAUCGGGUGGCUGAGGUACAGAUUGCCCAUGGCUUACUUUAUGGUGGGGGUCAGCGUGUUCGGCUAUAGCCUGAUGAUUGUCAUUAGAUCGAUGGCCAGCAACACCCAGGGCGGCACGAGUGAAGGGGAGAAUGAUAACUUCACAUUCAGCUUCAAGAUGUUCACCAGCUGGGACUACCUGAUAGGGAAUUCAGAGACAGCCGACAACAAAUAUGCCUCCAUCACCACCAGCUUCAAGGAAUCAAUAGUAGAUGAACAGGAGAGUAACAAAGAAGAAAAUAUCCACCUGACAAGAUUUCUCCGUGUCCUGGCCAACUUCCUCAUCAUCUGUUGUUUGUGUGGAAGUGGGUACCUCAUUUACUUUGUAGUGAAGCGAUCCCAGGAAUUCUCCAAAAUGCAGAACGUCAGCUGGUAUGAAAGGAAUGAGGUAGAAAUUGUGAUGUCUCUGCUUGGGAUGUUUUGUCCUCCUCUGUUUGAAACCAUCGCCGCCCUGGAGAAUUACCACCCACGCAUUGGACUGAAGUGGCAGCUGGGACGCAUCUUUGCACUUUUUCUGGGGAACCUCUACACAUUUCUCUUGGCUCUGAUGGAUGACGUCCACCUCAAGCUUUCUAAUGAAGAGACAAUAAAGAACAUCACUCACUGGACUCUGUUUAACUAUUACAACUCCUCGGGUUGGAAUGAGAGUGUCCCCCGGCCACCCCUGCAUCCUGCUGAUGUGCCCCGUGGUUCUUGCUGGGAGACAGCCGUGGGCAUUGAAUUCAUGAGGCUGACGGUGUCCGACAUGCUGGUAACAUACAUCACCAUCCUGCUGGGGGACUUCCUGAGGGCUUGUUUUGUCCGGUUCAUGAACUACUGCUGGUGCUGGGACCUGGAAGCUGGAUUUCCUUCAUAUGCGGAGUUUGAUAUUAGUGGAAAUGUACUCGGUUUGAUCUUCAACCAAGGAAUGAUCUGGAUGGGCUCUUUCUAUGCUCCGGGACUGGUGGGCAUCAACGUGCUGCGCCUGCUGACCUCCAUGUACUUCCAGUGCUGGGCAGUGAUGAGCAGCAACGUCCCCCACGAACGUGUGUUCAAAGCCUCCCGUUCCAACAACUUCUACAUGGGCCUCCUGCUGCUGGUGCUCUUCCUCAGCCUCCUGCCGGUGGCCUACACCAUCAUGUCCCUCCCACCCUCCUUUGACUGCGGACCAUUCAGUGGGAAAAACAGAAUGUACGACAUCAUCCAAGAGACAGUUGAAAACGAUUUCCCAACCUUCCUGGGCAAGAUCUUUGCUUUCCUCGCCAAUCCAGGCCUGAUCAUUCCAGCCAUCCUGCUGAUGUUCCUGGCCAUCUACUACCUGAACUCAGUUUCCAAAAGCCUUUCCCGAGCUAAUGCCCAACUGAGGAAGAAAAUCCAAGCGCUCCGUGAAGUUGAGAAGAGCCACAAAUCUGUCAAAGGCAGAGCCACAGCCAGAGAUUCAGAGGACACAGCUAAAGGCAGCUCCAAAAAUGCCACCCAGCUUCAACUCACCAAAGCAGGUACCACGCCUCACUCUACCAGCCAAAGCCAGACCCUGGACAAGAAGGCUCAGGGCCCUGGGACCUGCAGUUCUGCUAGCAGGACCAUGCUGCCUGCCUCCAGGCACCUCCCUAUAUCUCAGCCGCCUGGCAUCAGAUCAGAUUCUGGCCAACCCCAGCCUCAGACUCAUCCUGGAAGAUCCGCUUCUAGAAAGAGUACCCAGAGACCUCCCCAGUGACAGCUGGGACUCACAGGAGCGCCAUCUAGGGGCUGGUCCUCGGGCCCCACCACCUCACACACCCAAAUUGGUAUUCUCUCUUCCUCUCUCCUCUCACACACGCACAUUUUCUCUCCUUUUUCUGAACAUGGGAAGUUUGAUUACUUAAUCUCAGGCCCUUGUAGUUACAAAAAGGAGAGGAAAAUGGUUUCGUCUGCCCUUUAGGGGAGCUGAGCCAUCUGCUACCCCAUAACCAUCCUUCCCAGUAUCUUGAUUCAGGUAGCUCUGGACUUUGCAUUCAUGGUGGUUUCCCUUGUCUCCAGACUAUGAAAGGAGGGGUCAAGGCCACGACCACUAGCAUAAGACUUUUUUUCACGGCACCCAUGUUGGGACAUAGGUUUCUGCCAGCUCCACCAACCAGGAGGGUGCAGAGGUGCCCACAUUCCUGACUAUCCCCUCUAUCCAAAGGAAGUGAGGUAGUUAAAAUAAAGGUACAAGAAGCUACCGAAAAUAAAAGUAAAUGAACCAAAGUCCAGCUAUGGUGAGUGGAAAGAUGGUGAUACCCAGUCUAAGCCCAGUCAGGACCCAGUCUGAGGCAAGCUGGUGCCUUUAAGCACCAAGAAUGCACUGGAGCCCUCCUAGCAGCAAGGCAAGGAAGGAGCAGUGAGUAGCCUAGUUCUUCUUAUCUGAUUGAAAGAAACUUAAAAGAUUGCCCAAGGCAGAAAUAUCUUUCUCAUGCACCAAAUUCUAAAGGAAUUUGAUAGCCUGCUUAUUGUAUAAGGGACUUGAAGGUGGUUUCUUUGAGUUUUGUAAAGGGUGCAAUGCAAAGCCUUGUCUCUGGUGGUUCUAUGUUCACCUAGUGUCAUGUGUGGCUCUAUACAGAAUGACUCCUAGGGGGCAUAAGCUGGGAAGGCCAGACCAUUGAGAGGCCUUGCCAACAAGGGCAAAGGCUUAGCACGGUCACAGUCCAGGACCCUUCCACUGCCCAGGUACCUUGUAGGCAGUUCCCCCCUUUCCUCUACCCCAUGCUCCCAGACCCAGGUGAACAUGUGGCUUCGAGAUCAAGGGAUCAUCUCACCAAUGUCUCUGAGUGUUCUGAAGGGAAUCCUCUCCCUCAGUCACCACCAAGCCAUGUCCCCAGAGGUUCUCAGGAGAAUUCCUCACAUCCUGGAAGUCAAGCAAAGUCUUGGUAGAGAUUUUAUAGAGAUUUCAUAAGCUAUACAGUUAGGAUAAUUUCCAACUUCCCUUCCAAUUCUUUCUCCUUCCUGACCCAGCACCAAAACUUCACACAACCUGGAUGGAAUGGGAAUGGGGACAUGUGACUGAGAGAAAUGAUAAAUUAUUUCACCCCUGUCCAGAUCCAGGCAAGGCUAAAGAUGAGGCUGAUGCCUCAUCUCCAUGGAAUGGAGAUCCAAACCCAAAUCCAAAAAUGUUUGUCUAUUAUAUGCCUUCUUCUGGAAGGACACACCCAUAGCCCUGAGCUAACCUGAGACCUGGACCAGGAGAUCUAACCCAGCUAAUUAGGGCUGGAAGGCCCAAAGAUGGCCACCACACCGAUGGUUGGCCUUCAAGUUAUCCUGCCUGAGAAUAUUGCCAGCCCCUGGGGAAGCGAACAAGAGGCCUGAGUCACCAGCCUCCUAGUGAUCACUGUCAGGUUUCUGAUGGCUAUCAAUACACCUAAACAUCUACCAUAAACACAAAUUAUCCUGUUCUGAUGAGGCAUAAUUUUAUGUGAGGGAAUUUAUUUGCUAUCUAUUGCUGCACAACAAAUUGUUCCCCAAACUUAAUAGCUUAAAAAAAUAAACAUUAUUAUCUCAUACAGUGUCUGUGGGUCAAGAAUUUGAGAGUGGCUUUACUGGGCAGUUCUGAUUCUGGAUAGCACAGUCAAGAUCUCAGGCAGGGCAACAGCCAUUGGAAGACCUGACUGGGGCUGGAAGAUCUGUUUGCAGGAUGGCGCACACAUAUAGCUAUUAGCGAAAGGCUUUGCAUCCUUGCUGGCUAACAGGAGACUUUGAUUACUACCCAUGCGAACCUCUCCAUAGGGCUGAUGGGGUGUCCUCACAACAUAGCCACUAGUUUCCCCUAGAGCAAGUGAUCCGAGAGAGAGAGCAAGAAGGAAAUCACAAUGCCUUCUCUAACCUAGUUUCAGAAGUUACACCAUUUAUUCUACCACUUUCUACUCAUUAGAAGUGAGUCACUAAGUCUAGCACAUACUCAAAAGGAAGAUUAGGCUGUAUCUCUUGAAGGGGGUGUUUAUCAAAGAAUUUUUGACAUAUUUUAACAGAUUUCCUAAUUCAAAUAGUUACAAAACCUCUAUCAAGAAAACUGUAAAGUUUUUAUAAGAGACAUCCAUCAGAGGAUUAGUUAAUGGUGACUUCUGGGAUCCUGAAGCAAGGAAACUUCUGGUGAGCUAGGGAGAUGGGUAGAGGAGGAAAGCACAGGUAAGAGAGGAAGGGUGUUGAUGUGGUAUGGCUUUAUAGCCGGGUCAUAUUAGAUUACCAUCUCUGCAUUCUCCAGUUUGAUCUUCCAGGUCAUUCCAUCUCAUAACUUCACUAUUUAGCCUGUCCAGGGGCCAUCAGGGAUGAAGAACAUCUUCCUUCCUUCUCUUUCCUUCCUUCUGUCCUUUCUUCCUCCCUUUCUCCCUCCCUCUGCCUCCCUUCUCUUUCUCUCUUUCCUCAGUUUUCCUAAGAAUGAUUUGAACUAGAAAGUCUAUUUAACAAUUUAUCCAGAGAAUUACGGCUAGUGUCUUACUGAUAUUACCCUAGUUUGUCUGUGUAUUACUUACUAAGCGGAAAUAAAACAGACACUAUUUUAUCUGUCAGAAGCUAUUUUUGCAGGAAGAUCCUUUCAUUUCUAAUAAUCUAUAUGCUCAAUGUCCAUAAAGAGCUCCAUUUCACACAGAAUCACAUAAGUAGGAACACACUUUUGGUGAAGAUCAAAGGGGUCACCUGAUCUCCCCAUGACUGGCACAUUUACAGAAACUGGGGAGCGAUGCACCAGCCAGUAGGGGAACCAGGGCAGGGUACCAAUAGCAUCCACCACUACACUGGUGAUCCUUAAUUCAGUAGUCACUUCAGAUAUGCUCUGUAGAGCCCCACCCACAGCUGGGGCACCAAAGUCCCUCAUGCUCUGUAAGGAACAAUAAGAAAUAAACCAGCCAUGCAGAAAGGGACAUUUGUCUCUCUUGAUUUUGGCAUAAGUGGAGAAAAAUUCUCCCUUGAGAACUGAUAUCCACAAGACAGCCCUCAGACAGAGAACUGAAUUUCCCAUACCAACUGUAGGCUCAAAAAACUCAAAUGGAAAUUUUUAAUUUAAAGUGAUCUUAGUUAAUAGUACCUCCAAGAAAAUGGGGUGGGGGGGUGGAUAGGAGGAAACAAACAAACAAACAAACAAACAAAUAGAAAGGAUGGAAGGGGACAGAAAUCAAAUAUAUUGGGAAUCAAAAUAAAUGCAAAUGGACAAAACCAUCCAGGUAGAAAACAAAAAUCAGAUGAACAUUUAAAAAAUCCACAUGCUAUUUCCAAGAGAUACCUUUAAAACCUAAGGAUAGGAUGGUAGGGACUUUAUCCCUUUGGUUUCUAGGGAACAAAAACUUAAAUACAAUCUCAAGGGCAAAAUCACCAGGUGUGGGAGUACAAUCCAGUUUUGUAUGCUGGGCUUGUUUCUGAGUGCUGAGAAUUUCUAUUAAAGAUAGCUGUCUGCAGUACUAUGCCAGAUAAUUUAUUCUUCAAUGCAGUAUUAGGUUGGAAAAUGUAAAGAAAGGCCCAAGAUCAUGGUUGGGGCACAUGAGGUAUAUAGAGCAUACAAGUAUCUCCACCACCAAACCAUGUCUGGAAAAUGAGUCCUAUAAACACAACCUCCAAAUUCUGUUAUGAAGAUUCAACAAGUUGACACAUGUAAGACUUAUGCUAAGUGAUCAAUAAAUUACAGAUAUUAUCACAGGCAUGGAUAAGAUUAAAUAUCCUCAGGCUCAGGUUAUGAAUACAAACAUCAUCAACUAAACAAAACUUUUAUCCUAUAAUCCUAAUCAACUCUGGGCUUCAGAGUCAUAACCAAAAUAAUGACUGUGGUUAGCUGUGUCCAAAAAAGUCAAGGAAUGCUGGGCUAGAUGGUCUUCCUCGGAUGCUUUUCACUCCUUUGUGUCUAUGGAAAGAAAUGUUGCAUAUAUGUGUAACUCAUUACCAAAGACUGUUGUUGCAUGGUUUCUUUCAACAUUUGAGAAAAAGGCUAAGGAAUUGUUAGGAGCCCUUCCAAUUUGAUGGGGUUUUUCUCAUUCGCUAAAUGAGGGUCAAGUGCCACCAUCUUUUGGUUGUUUCAUGCAAUUUCUUUUCCUGAAGCUCUCCCUAGUCACUGGAAUUUAAACAGUCAUGUUCAGUUUAACAUCAGGAAUAUGUUCUGAGAUAUGCAUCAUUAGGAAAUUUUGUUGUGCAAACACCACAGAGUGCACUUACACAAACCUAGAUGGUAUAGCCUGCUACACACCUAGGUUAUAUGGCAUACCACCACCGCAUAUAAGGUCUGUCCUUAUGUGGCACAUGACUGUAGCACAUUCCAUUUCCAUAGGUCUCCAUUAGUGUUGCCCAUUGUAUAGAGUAAAAACUCUGAGUUAAUUUACAUCAAAAUGUCAGAGUAAGCCAUAGACUGAACUAAAUAAAAGAGGAACAGAUGCUACAGUGUACGAUCCUUCUCAAUGGGUAAAUAUCCUAUCUAUAAAGAAAAGGCCCCAAGUGCCAUGUGGCUUUAAAGCUUGCAUCUGGAACAUUCCUGGGAAACCCAAAGCACCCUCUCAGCCCUGCUGCCCAUGCAGGACAUUUUCUCAGCUGGAAGUUUUUGAGAAAUCUAUCUUGCACAUCAUCUCCAAACUAAUCUCCAAACACUGCUUGAUGGUGAAUAAGAGUCUUAUCAGACCCAAGCCAGUCAUCUUGGCCUUCACUCAAGGCUUAUGUUCUAGAUUUUAUGUACUAGAUCCUUCAAUCUUCUAUCCAACUACUGACCAGAAUGAAUCUUAGACCUCUAGCAGGUUCUUCUCUUGCUUCUGGCUUUUGCUUCUACUUUCUUUCCUUCCUCCGUUAAUGACUUACACAUUCUUCCAUAAAUACGGAAUUGAAGUAUUCUGGCAAUGCUAAGUCUUCCUCAGGAGCUCUGGCCCCCCAAAUUGUCUUCCAGUUAGCCUUCCCUACUAUUGCAUUUCAGCACUUGGUUAUGUUCAAUCUCCCAGGAUUAUAAAGUCUCUGAAGUCAGAGGUUAAAGGUUAGUUUUCCAUUGUUUUCAUUAUUCCCCCAGAUCUCUGCAUUGCUUACUCCCUUGCUUAAGGAUCUCUGCUCAAAUGUCACCUCUUCACUGAGGGCCUCUAUAAAAUAGAGUGCACCAUUCCUUAACACUUACCAACACCUGAUGCACGACAUAGUUAUUUGAUUUUCCAUUUCACCCCAGAAUGUAAACUUGGUGACUUGGUUUGCUUACUACUGUAUCCCUGCACCUAAAGAUACCUGGUAUACAAUAGGCAUUUGAAUAGAACUGAGUAAAGCAGUUGGCCCUCCCAAAUGUGGGUGGGCAUCACCCAAUCCUUCAACUGCCAGAACAAAAGGUAAAGGAAGGGCAAAUUAGUUCUAUUUCUGUUUGAGAUGAGACAUCCAUCUUCUCCUCUUCUUGGACAUUGGUGCUCCUGGUUCUCAUGCUUUCAGACUCAGAUACAGAUUUAUCUAACCAAAUACAACUGUGGUUAGCUUUCAGUUCAGUGAUUCUCGGGCUUUUUGUAUUUAAUCCACAGAAAUGUGUUUAUAUGAUUUAUAUACAUAUAUACUAGAUAUGUGUGCAUAUAUAUUUUUACAUGCAUGUGUAUAUUUAUAUACACAUGUAUAUGUGUUUAGCUGAGACAAAAGGUUUACAAAUCAAUACCUCAUUCUCUGUGUGACAAUUAUUUCCUAUUCAUGUUUUUUUAAUGCUGGCCAAGAAAGUCUAAAUUAAUUCUGCAAUCCAUUAAUGGAUUCGACUUCUUAAAAACCUCUACCUUAGUAGAUAAGCACCGGUAACCCCAGGAAUAUUUAGGAUCAAAGUCAUAGCAUUAAUACUCUCCAUUACAUUUUGGAACUAUCUAUUUACUUUGGUAUUUAUGUUUUGGAGAAUUUAAUAAUAAUUAUUUUUGCAACUCCAUUUGAAAAUGUGAAAUGGAGUAACUAAUUCAAAUUCAUGAUUGUAAGUGGAUAUAUGUAACAAUUUAACCACGUUUGCAAGUACUAUUGAGAUUAUGAGAUUUUAAGGUUUAUCAACCACAUUUUUAAGUUUACAUUUUAGGUUUUAAGAGUGGGCUCAGUACUUGGAUUUUGUCAAGUAACUGAAUUGUUUAAGAAGAAAAUAAAUUAAAUUUAUAAAUAUACUUUAGUUAUGAGAAUUUAAGUUAUAAAAAUCCCCAAAGAUUUUUUAAAAAUUUACAGCAUAUAUACCACUUUAGGGUAAAGUUUUAAUAUUAUUAAAGCAAAGGUAAUUCCUAGAGUCCCCUGAGUGUAGAAAAGCCACUCUCGUGCAUAGGGCAGCAGCUCCAAUUCACUUUGAGCUAACUGGGUGUUAAUUUAAAAGCUUUUCAAAAGGGUGAGCAACACGUGGUCCCCCAAGAGGAGCUGGGUUCUGCUCAAGGGGAACAGGAAAUCGACCUGGGAAGAGGUGGAAUCGUCUUUCCCACUUUAUCGCCUGUCACGUCAUUUUAAAAAAAUAAUAGGUAAAAGACAAUUUAAAAGCACUAAACCAGCCACGAGGAGUGACGUUUUCUCAGGGUCUGCGCGCCCCAGACCCUGCUUCUGCCCGGGUGAGGAAGAAAUGGUGCGCAGCCCACCAGGCUCUGGAAGGCGGGCACAAGAGGGUCCUGGGGGUAGUGGGGUGCAAGGUCACCCGCGCUGCGGAAAGCGGGGUCCACAAGUUUCUGCUUGGGCACGCAGACCGGAUUUCACCUUAGCUCUACGGCCCGUAAUUUAUAUGAUGAACCCAUGAGGGCCUGCACUAUUACCAGAAAAGCGUUUUUCCAAACCGUUUUUGCAGCCUGCAGUGACCCAGCAGCGGCCCGCGCGCCCUGGGAAACAGCGUCUGCCCA